UAAGUUUCUUCAGAAACGGAGAACUAAGCAAAUGUCGAAUUAAAUAACCUGUCAUUAUGCAGUAAAAGUUUGAGUAUUAUUUCGCAGUAUAUAAUAAUACUUUUUGAAAAUUGUUCGGAUUAUUUUUCCAAGUAAUUUACGUUCUCAUAACAGUUUUUGAUCAAUGAUUCUGGUUAUGUUGUUUCCACACUAAUCGUAACAGCCCAGUAUUUCGGCAGGAAAUAAUCGCGUCGGUGUUUAUUAGACAGUGAAACGUAAAUCUUAUAACGAAUCCGAUUCCCGUUCCGAUUUUAAAUGAAACCGAAAAUUGUGUUAACUAAACGACAACUAAAUGUGGCAGAUAGUGAAUAAUGAGAACAGUACGAUCAAAUGAAUGUGCGCUUUGGUCAGCAUUGACUGAUUGAAUCAACUGCGAAGAAGGAGAUUUAGUUUAGACAAAACCAAACAACAACAACAACAAAAACGAAUAGAGAAAUAUAGCAAACAACAACACAAAAGUGGUUCCGAUAUAACCACAUUCUGCCAUGCCGGGAAGUCGGUCCAGCAAUAACGAAUCGGAGCACAAAUCACCCAGAGAAAGUGGCGAGGACUCGGAAGAUGAAAGUGAAAUCCUAGAGGAAAGUCCAUGUGGGCGCUGGCUGAAGCGGAAAGAAGAGGUAGAACAACGAGAUGUUCCCGGUAUCGACUGUGCUCACUUGGCUAUGGACACGGAAGAAGGUGUCGAGGUUGUGUGGAACGAGGUUCAAUUUUCCGAAAGAAAAAAUUUCAAAUCACAAGAGGAGAAAAUUCAGUUAGUGUUCGAGAAUCUAACACAAUUAGAGCAUCCAAACAUAGUCAAAUUUCAUCGGUAUUGGACCGACACACAUAAUGAUAAGCCUAGGGUAAUAUUUAUAACAGAAUACAUGUCCUCCGGGUCCCUUAAACAGUUCCUUAAACGGACUAAAAGGAAUGUUAAAAAAUUGCCACUGCAAGCGUGGAAGCGGUGGUGCACACAAAUUUUAUCAGCACUCAGUUAUUUGCAUUCCUGUUCGCCUCCUAUAAUCCAUGGCAACCUAACCUGUGAUACAAUAUUUAUUCAACAUAAUGGUCUAGUAAAAAUAGGUAGUGUAGCUCCAGAUGCAAUACAUCAUCAUGUUAAAACUUGUAGGGAAAAUAUGAAAAAUAUGCAUUUCAUUGCUCCAGAGUAUGGAUCUGCCCUAACACCAGCCAUUGACAUAUUCUCGUUUGGUAUGUGUGCACUUGAAAUGGCUGCUUUAGAAAUUCAGGGCAACGGUGAUUCGGGAACACUAGUCACAGAUGAGCAUAUAGCCCGAACCAUUGAAGGUCUGGAAGAAGCUCAGCAAAAAGACUUCAUAUCUAAGUGCCUGUAUUAUAAUCCAUCAGAACGAGCUAGUGCUAGGGAGUUACUAUUUCAUUCGCUGUUAUUCGAAGUGCAUUCGUUAAAAUUGUUAGCCGCUCAUUGUUUGGUGGAUACAUCACAAAACCUGUCGGAAACUGUUUUUGAUGAAAUGAUGCAACGCCUAUAUCAACCAGAUGUUGUUCUAGCUGAUAUACAACGGCUUUCAGAUCCAAUUGAAUAUAAACUGGCUGAUGUGUCAUCAGCUGAAAAACUAGAGAAAUUCGUAGAAGACGUAAAAUACGGAAUUUAUCCAUUAACUGCAUUUGGUGCGAAACGGCCUCCUUUAUCACGACCCCGGGCUAUAUCACCGGAAACCGCGGAAUCAGUCAAAUCUGUCACACCCGAACCAAUUGAUGUGGAAUCUCGGAAAGUAGUUAACAUGAUGUGUAGUGUUAAGCCGCGUGAUGAUGGUGCUGAAUUAUUGAUGACAAUACUUCUACGUAUGGAUGAUAAAAUGAAUAGACAAUUGACAUGUCAAGUGACUCGUGACGAAUCAGCGUCACUAUUGUCACACGAAUUAGUGCAUUUGGGGUUUAUACACGAAACCGAUCGAGAAAAAAUCGCUAUACUCAUCGAAGACACACUGCAAAGUAAUAUUAACAAGCUGGGAAACAUGCAUCAAACAUCGGAAUUGCACCAUCAUUUGCCAAUACCUGCGCAUUCGACCAAUAUUGAACGAAAUUGGAGCGUUGCCGAUGAAUCAACAAAUGUGUCCGAUAGUCAAUAUGCAUCAGAUGCACAAGUAAUUGCUUCCACCACAACUGUACCGACAACAACCACAACGACAAGUCAAAAUGACGCUGGCCGGAGUGAAAAUAUGGAAAAUUCAGGAGAUGUAUCGUCAAUUGAAUUGAACCAAAGCGAUGCGUUACGAUCCGGUUUAAUUAAUUCAAUUGAUAGUUCAGACAAUGCAUAAUAAGCAAACGUUCGUGAUUUGAUGUUUAAAUUAUAAAAAAGAUUUUUUUUUUGUUUUUUCCCUUCCUUUUUUUAUUUUUUGUUUUCUAUUUUAUAAGUUCGAUCUUUAGCACAAUUUUACUACUCAAAUUAAAAUAUUGAAGAAAAAAAGAGAGAGAGAGACAGAGAUAAACAAACAAACAAAAAACGAAAACAAGCAGUGUCAAGUCAAUAUAUAAUAAAAAUUGUGUCUGUCAAUUUAGAGCAGAGGACAAGAAACAAUACAAGCAAAGCAAAAUGAAAUAUCAAUAAUCAAUUAUAUUAUUAUGUAGCUGCUAAAUGGAAGAGCAUAAAAAAAAUUUGAGAAAACAUUUUUAAUUUUUAAUUAUUUUUUUUUAAUUGCUAGCAUGGAUAUGCUUUCAAUUUGCUUUUAAAUAUAUAAAGAAAAAGAAUAACCACAAGAAAAUCAUAACUUUUAUCUUACUUUUACUGUACUUUUAUUGAAAUAAAUGUAAAUAAAGAAAAGCAAAA